AUGGUGUUAGUACAACGCAUCUCCAAGAAUGUUGUGAACCAGCCAUCAUCCAAACGUAAUUUCUCGUUCCUUUGGAAGUUGUUGGCUCUCAACAACCCAGAGAAUAAGGAAGUGGAAAGAACCUUGUACAAAUGGGACGAAUCCCCCUACGAGGACAUCCGUACUCGUGCUGCAUUCAUCAGAACCAAGGCCCUUUGUCCUGUCACCAACCAACCGGUCAACUUUGUUUGUCCUUACUCUGGUAUUCCUACCCAUGCGUCCGAGGAAGCUUGGAAGAACGACAAGGACUAUCACUCCAAGCAAAAGUAUAAGUUAUUGAAGAAGGUCAAUCUUUACGAGCACGACAUAAGAUCAGGCCGUAAGUUUGACGAGUUUCUUUUCCCUGGAGAGCAACCUAGAGACUUCACUACCAACUUGUCGAACUGGGAUAGUUUUUUCUACACCAGAGACUUCACCCCAAUGAAUACUGAAUUCAACUUGGCAGCUGCCACAAAGGUUUUGACUUACCCAAUUACCAUUGCUGCUACCUUGCAUAAAUUUUCUCCAUAUGGCAUGGAAAAGGGAGCACUUACCUUGGAGGGGUUGAAAUCGUUGGCCGCAUUGAGAUACACUUUAUACCCACCUUACACCAAGUCUACCGAUUCUGCAGUGACAUUUAAGGAGAGACCAAUGAGAAUAUUCAUAGUGGGUUCUAAGAUGGAAUCAAUGCUUCCAGGCUAUGUUUGGAAGCAAUUUGGAUACUUGUUCCCUAACACCAAUUUUGAAAUUCACUUGAUCGGUCCAGAGGCCUACUUCGAUAGAGAAACCAGAUCUUUCGGUGCCACAGACGAGCCUCACGGACGUCCCUUGGUUAAGAGAUUUGACGACCAGAUAACUGUGCACUAUCACACGAAGUACUUCCACGAGCUCUAUGCGCAAGGUGAUCUUUUCCCUUUUGACCCAUACUUGGACGUUUUCUACUUGUUCCACCCUGGCUUCCAAACGGCAGACUCCAUAUACUGGGACAAGGCAUUGAAGGGAUUGUUGGAUUCCAAGUGUGCGGUCUACCUUACAGGCUACCACGAAAAGGACAUCAACAGAGAGAUCUCCUGGUUACAAAACCACGAGUUAUACGACGAGAUGGACGUUUUGAUGGACCCAACCGAGAAUUUGUUUGNAUGCACCAAGCUUGACUUGGUGGAUAUCAACCCUACUGAAACUUUCAACAGUAACAGUAAGAUCUUUGCCUUCAGAGGUAAGAGAUACCACGCAAUCAAGAAGUGA